AUGUCCAUGACAGUGCCAGCACCACACCGGUGCUGCAAAGUGUACGACAGGCUCCUCCCUCCUGCCGGCAAACUGAAGCCGCCGCUUGCCCUGGAGCUGGAAUUAUGCCUCCUGCAGGCUGUUCUCCAUAGACUCUUUACCAUGAGCACUGGGAACGACACCACCCACUUCCGGGCUCUGCACAACAGCUAUUUACAGAGUCUGGACGCCAUGCUCGGGCCUGCUGACAGAGACCCCCACCUUGGACGAGCUGCAGCACCUCUUGGAGCAUUCCCAGAAACUGAGAAGAAAAAUGAAGAAGACAUGCAAUUUGCUGAGAAAUAUCUGGAAAAGUACUAUAAACUUAAAACAGAGGCAGAACCUAUCUUUAAAAUGAAGAACAGCAAAGCCAUAACUGACAAAAUCCGAGAAAUGCAGGAAUUCUUUGGGCUGAAAGUGACUGGGGAACUAGAUUCCAAAACUUUGGAGGUGAUGAAGCAGUCCAGGUGUGGAAUACCGGAUGUUGGUCAGUUCAGAACCUUUCCAGGGUCUCCUAGAUGGACAAAAACAGAUCUGAAAUAUAGGAUUUUGAACUACACGCCAGAUAUGGAACCAGCUGAUGUAAAUGAAGCGAUUGAGAAGGCUUGGAACGUCUGGAGCAGUGUGACCCCACUGAAAUUCACCAGAGUUUAUGAAGGCGAUGCAGAUAUAAUGAUCUCCUUUGCAGCUGGGU